UAAAGGCGUUGCGGAGACGGAGGAGGUUGUGUGAGAGAGCGCUGUGGCUGGUCGGUGUGAAGUUGCUGUGGAGAUGCUGCCUUCAAUCAAGACUGAAUCGCAUUCGACAGCAGCAUUGACACCUGGCCGGAUCUCGGAAGAUAAGCAACGUUGAUCCUGAUCCGGGUCGGAUCCGGGGGCUGGCGUGUUCACAGCCGGACGGGCUGACCCUUUGACCCGAAGAUGGACACCGGGGGCCCCGAGGCGACCCUGGAGGACGAGCUGGCCCUGGCCGUGCAGCGCGCCUUGAGGUCCGCCGUCGACGCCCUGGUGACCGACAUCUCCCGCCUCGUGCGCCGCCGGCUGUCCGAGCGCGAGCGGGAGAUCGAGCGGCUGCGGGAGCAGCUGGACGCCUCGGCCGGCCGGCCCAAGGCCCCCGAGGGGGCGGCCCUGCGGAGGGAGCCCGGGGCGGCCUCUCCCCGCGGCGCGGCCGGCCGGCCCACGGGAGACCCGAUGCAGGAAAUCCACAAGAAGUUCCAGUGCCCGCUGGUCCUGGUGCCCGAGGAGGUGGCCCGCGACCACGAGGAGUUGUUCUUCCGCCUGAGCGACAGCGUGAGCAGCGACACCUCCUGCAUCUGCGGGCUGGAGAGGAUGGACGCCGUGGUGGAGGGCGCAGAAAAGGCGAGGCCUGAUAAUCUUCCCGACCGUGCCCAGAUGGAGAUCUCGCCAGCGCUGCAGGACGCCCCUGGGGUGUCUGGGGUGUCCUCGCCGAGGGGUGAGGCCAGUCACGCGGCCGUUCGCCGGGAGCCUGCACCGCUGGGAGCAGGCCGUCGCCAGGCUAAGGGGGCUCGGGCCGGUUCCGAUCCGGCCCGCGUCAAGCAGGAGGAUUCGGAGCUGGCCGUGACGCUCUUCCCCCAGGGCGCGGACGGCGCCGGGCAAGACGGGCUCAAGCUGGAGAGUCUGGACGUGGACAUCACCGAGCUCCAUUCGGUCAGCUUCGUCAGGGUGCUCCCCCAGCCGGGCGCCGUGCAGGUCAAAGAGGAGGAGCCCGCGGGGCCCGGCCAGGAGAAGGGCGACAGCAGGCCCGCGGGGGGGGCGCAGCACCCGCCCCCAGGCGGCGGCGGCGGGCAGGAAGGGGCCGAAAGGAAGUACAGCCGUGACCCCAAGUGGGACGACGAAGGUCGGCGCUGGCCCCCAAGGACCGUCUCGAGCAAAGGAGCUGUGCGUUCUCAGGCUUGA